AUGGCGGCUCAAAGUAAUUUUAUUAGCGAAAUUAACACCAAGCCGAUGAAUUGGAGGUUAAAGGUUCGUAUUGUCAGGCUUUGGGAAAAACCACUUCACAACAAACCUGAUAGUCCUUUCUCAACUGAGCUUAUUCUGAUGGAUGAAAAGGGCGGCCGCAUUCACGCAAGUGUUGGCAGGAAUAUUAUUCAAAGUUUGAAAACGAUGAACCAAGAAAUCAAGGAAUUGGGUUUGUACAUCAUGAAGAAUUUCAUGGUUUGUCCAAAUAAGGAGAAACUGAGGACCAAAGACCACAAGUGUAAGUUGAUUUUCACGCAGAAGACCAUUGUUGAGGAAAUACAAGAUCCAUAUUUCGACAUGUGUAUCUUCAAAUUCAGACCCUAUGAGCAGUUGUCUAAUCCACAAGACUUUGAUGACAUCGAACUAUUCGGUAAUUAAAUCUUUUUCCUUUUUUCUUUUAUUUUCCGUUAUUGGCUUUCUGUUGUCCAUGGUUUGAACUGAUUGCUAAUACCUACAAACCA